UUGACCAAGUACGGCUGAAGCUCGGCUGACCCUCCACCCUCAGCUGAGUUCAAAAUCUGCCUUUUCUUCCAUGGCAAGUCGACUCCCUCGCAUUCCACGAUUUACGCUCUUCUCCGGUCCCAAUUGCUCUCUGUGUGAUGUCUGCCGUUUAUUUCAUUAUCUCUAAAUGAUGAACUCAACGGAAUCUAUCACAGACAGCGAAAUCCGAAUUGGCCAAAGUCAGGCACGCCAAUUUCAGCUGGAAAUUGUCAAUAUCCAGGAACCGGGGCAGGAGAAGUGGAAACGCAAAUAUGUUUACUGGAUUCCAGCACUUCAUCUGGACGGGAAGGAGAUAGCCAAGGGUCGAUGGGAUUCGAGCACAGUCACUCAGGCUCUGGAAGUCUGGGACAAGGGGGAGCCGGAGACUUGAGCCAGGCUCCAUCAUCGCACCUGUUCUUCAGCGAUGUUUUCGCGACGGCGGCUUGGGAGCCUAGUGGCAUCUACGUACGACACAGUCGGGAGAUUCUAGGAUACGAGGAGACUAACGACGAUGACUCCGUCCCCUCAAAUUCGAAUACACACCGUUGCUUCAACUGUGGUUCUCCAGACCAUUCCGUCUCUUCGUGCCCUGAACCUAGGGAUCGCAAUCUGAUAUCAUUGUCGCGCCAGCUAUUUGAGUUACUCCAAGAGCCCACGGGGCCGGCUGACUUUCGACGGUUGCACCAAACGGAAGCGUGGCGCCAGCAGAGACUGGACUGGCUGGGACUUUUCAAACCGGGGGAAGUGAGAGGGCAGCUGUUGAGGGAAGCUAUUGUGCCUGGGGAGGGCGAUUGGCUAGAGAAUAUCGCGAUCUGGGGCUAUCCCAGAGGCUGGGUUGGUGUUACGGAUCCCCAAGCUCUGGUCAGACAGAGGAUAAUGGACGAAGUACUCCGGCAGUCAUGAUGAGCAAGAUCUUUCCGUCGUAUUGGGUGAAGAUAUCCUGGGCAGCCCCUCGCAAUAUCUGAGUUUUGACAACUUGGAUUCCGUGCA